GUGGGCGCGCCAAGCUGGCUAUAAAUGAGCGUGUGCGCACUGUGAUCUUAGAUAACUAGGGCUCUAUUAUUAAAAUCGUCAAACCAAGAUGCAGAGGUAGUCAUUACUCCUCUCUUAAUCUUUCAGCCACUCAGAGCUAGCCAAGCAAGAGGAGGUCUAGGAGGAGAGAAGAAAUCAAGAAACAGUAGCUUGCUGGUGGCUAGCGAGCUCGAGCAGUGGAGCUAGGUCAGGGAGGUGAUGAUGAAGAGGAUGGUGAUCCUGAGGCGGUGCCACCCGCCGCCGCCGAUGGGUCUCGGCGGGUGCUGCGGCGGCGGCGUGCGGUAUGGGGAGUGCCGGCGCAACCACGCGGCGAGCAUGGGCGGCCACGCGGUGGACGGGUGCCGCGAGUUUCUGGCCGAGGGCGAGGAGGGCACCAGCGGCGCGCUCCGCUGCGCCGCGUGCGGCUGCCACCGCAGCUUCCACCGCCGGGUGGUGCAGCGCUUCUGCUGCUGCUUCUGCUGCGACGCCGCCGUGAACGCCGCAGGGGCGGUGGCCGGGCGUUGGGACUGCUCGCCGGAGUCCUCGGCGUCCAGCACCACCGCCAGCUAGAAACAAAGAUCGGCCACACAUCCGCAGGUCUCAAAUGCAUGCAACUGAUCUUGCAUGCGUAUGCUUACAUGCUAUCGCGAAUUGUUCCCUGACUCGCUACCUAGUUCAUGUCCCGUGCUUAAUGAGAUUGUUAUUGUAUUUCUCUUGCAAUAUUGUAACCCACCCAAUCAUCACACGCUCCCGGUGCCUGUUGUAUGCCUCUUUUUUGCGUGAGAUUAUUGUGUUUCUAUGAUUCC